GCUCGUCACGAUCAACCUGCGGUGGAGGAAUCUCCUUCAGAUAAAAGAACAAAUGUGAAAGUAUUAUAUUUACCAUGUAACAUUUUCUUAAAGUGACGCGAGGUGACUUAUUUGAAUUAUGAAGUAAAGCCGAUAGCUCAGGAACAUAUCUAUUGUACUAAUGUACCUAAAUUAAUCACAUAGAUAAAACCGUAGUUCCCUUUCAUUUAUAUUAAAAGUGUUGAUCGAAGUUUAUUUUAUUAAAAUGGAGGCAAAGGAAUCUGAAGCACAAGAAUACAAUCCCUUUGAACAUCGGCAAGUUAAGAAACCGAACUCCUUCAUCAGGUCGUUAGCUAAUUUACUAAAAGCCUCCCUGGGAUCUGGCAUCCUCGCUAUACCUCUGGCAUUUAAAAACUCAGGAUGGGGUGUAGGAAUUGUUGGGACCGUUAUAAUAGCAUUUAUUUGUGGACACUGUGUUUAUAUUUUUGUGUCGGUAUCUAGAAAUUGUUGUAAAGCUGUUCGAAAACCCUUACUGACCUACGCAGAAACAUGCAAAGUAGCCUUUGCUAUCGGACCCAAGAAGCUUAGGUCUUUAUCUUCCGCUGCUGGAGCAUUCGCGGAAUUUUCUUUAGUUUUCACUUAUAUUGGAGUGUGCUGCAUAUUUACAGUGUUGAUAGCCGACUCAAUAAAACAGCUCCUCGACCAGUACGUGCCGGGGUACAUACUGUCGGUGCAGUACUACUGCCUGAUAUUAAUCGUCCCUCUCUGUCUAAUGGUACAGAUACGGUAUUUGAAGUGGUUGGCUCCUCUCUCUUUGACGGCCAACAUUUUACUUGUAGCGACGUUUGGGAUUUGCAUUUAUUACAUAUUCAAAGAUGAAGUUACGAUAUCAGACAAACAAGUGGUUGGAUACGCGUCUAGAUUCCCGGCAUUUCUUUCAACUGUAAUAUUUGCUAUGGAAGGAAUUGGCGUGGUAAUGCCAGUGGAAAAUAAUAUGAAAAAACCAGAACAAUUCCUCGGGUGUCGAGGUGUCCUGGUGAUAGCCAUGACUUUCAUAAUGCUACUGUACGCUAUUCUGGGGUUGUUUGGAUACUUCAGAUACGGAAAUGAAUUGAAGGGAUCUAUCACCUUGAACCUGCCAUUGAAUGACUGGCCUGCUAUCUGUGGAAAGAUUUUCAUAGCCGUAUCGAUUUUCUUCACAUAUCCUUUACACUUCUACGUUGUAGUAGAUGUACUCACUAAAUAUGCAGAACCAAUUAUUAAAGAGAAAUAUAGAAAUUUAGCCCAAAUUAUUGGGAGAAUAGCAAUUGUAUGUUUGUGCGGUGGUAUUGGCAUAGCAUUACCAAUGUUGGAACAAAUCAUCAACAUAGUCGGCGCUCUCUUUUACUCAAUACUCGGUCUUAUUAUUCCUGGAAUUAUUGAGACUGUCAAUCGAUGGGAAAAUCUUGGCAAAUAUAAUUGGAUCCUGUGGAAGAAUAUUCUCAUUGUAUUAUUUGGUUUUUGCAGUCUGAUAUCUGGUCUUACAGUUACAGUUUUUGAUAUAAUUGAAAAUCUCAAUAAAAAAAUUGAAUAAAACAAUUAUUGUAAAUUUUUUUGUUUAUAUAUUUAAA